UUAAAAGUCAUUGCGAAUAUUUUUCAAAAUUUCAAGCUCAAAAAAAUCAUUGCAAAGCGCUGCACUGCAUGCAACGCAACAAACCCACAGCAUACCGGCGCUAUCGCAGCAUUUUGAAUAGCCAAACAAUCGCCGCUGGCGUCCAAAAAAUCAGUUAGCUAAACGGUACAAGUUCGGGUACACGAACAAAACUUUGCGCGUUUCUUAUCAGUUUCCAAUACCGCGCUACGCACUCGUAUUUGCAUUGCGUAACAGCGUACGCUACUGAAGUUCGCUGAGGUCCACGUUCGCUGCCCAUGCGCGUAUCGCUAAUCGGGUCACGUUGCAUUUCCUUUUCAAGUCACUUGCGUCGGUACGAAUCGGUAUUGCUUUCUCCGGUGUUAGUUGCUCUCCUACGUCAAGCGUCCGUUAGCUAGCACUCAUAACGGAAUAUAGUAAAAAUAAUGGCAAAUCUUUUAAAUCGCGCACGUGAUAAUUUUUUUGGCAAUAACAACAACAACAAUAAUCAACAUAUACACGACGAGGGUGUCGUAAUGCCCGAAAUCGAUCACGAGAUGGACGAUGAUGACGUUGACGACCCGUUGACGUUGAGCGCACCGAAACGUUCCCUCAGCGCCACCAUGAGCGAUCAUGCGCUCAACACACUGAACGAGCUGCGACGCAACAAUUUAUUAUGUGAUGCCGUGGUUUCGGUGUCCGAUGCAUCCUUCAAUGUACAUCGCGCCAUUAUGAGCGCAUGCAGUUCGUAUUUUAGGGCACAGUUUACAGGCUUCAAUUCCACCAUAUCGCCAUCGAAGAGUGACGAGAAUCGUUCCGUACACAUACCGGGCAUGAGCGGUGCCAUUAUGGAGCAGCUAAUACAGUAUGCGUACCUGCGCAAGUGCACCAUCAAUGCGGAGAACGUGCAUGAAUUGCUCAUCUCGGCCGAUUAUGUGGGCAUGAUUGGAUUGGUGACGCUGUGUAAGCAGCAUCUAGCCGCGAUGUUGACGCCCGAGAAUUGUGUCAGCAUAAUGGGAUUCGCCAGAUUUCGCUUUCUCGACGACUUGUAUGCGAAAGCGCGAAAUUAUCUGCUGCGCUAUUUCAUUGAGGUUGCCGCUAAAAAUAAGGACAUACUCGAAAUGGGCUUAAAGGAUUUCUACGACAUUAUUAGCGACGAUGAGCUGAAUACACGCGAAGAGGACCACGUAUGGAAGCUGUGCAUCAAAUGGAUCGAUCACGACCCAGAAAAUCGUAAACAAUAUGUGGCGCAACUGAUGCAGGGCGUGCGCUUGGGUUUGAUGACACCAAAGUGUUUCAUGGACGAGGUGAAGGAGCAUCCGUAUGUACUGCAGUGUGACGAUGCGAAACCAUUGAUUGUGGAGACAUUUAAAUUUAUCUCUAAUUUAUAUGUGCCAUUUCGUAUGCCAUUUUCCAAAAAGCUCACCACACCACCGUUAGCCAUGCCAAGGCUGCCGCAUGAGGUCAUCUUCGCCAUUGGCGGCUGGAGUGGCGGCACAUCGAAGGGUUGCAUCGAAACAUAUGAUACGCGUGCCGAUCGUUGGGUCAAUAUACCGGCCGAAGAUCCAGCCGGACCGCGUGCUUAUCAUGGCACUGCCGUCAUUGGUUAUAAAAUCUAUUCGAUCGGUGGCUAUGAUGGUGUUGAAUAUUUCAAUACAUGUCGUGUCUUCGAUGCGGUGCGCAAGAAUUGGAAGGAGAUUGCACCAAUGCACUGCCGUCGCUGCUAUGUUAGCGUCGCUGAGCUUAACGGUCUCAUCUACGCAAUCGGCGGCUAUGAUGGUCAUAAUCGUUUGAAUACAGUCGAGCGUUAUAAUCCGAAAACGAAUCAGUGGACCGUUAUAACGCCUAUGAAUAUGCAACGAUCUGACGCAAGCGCAUGCACAUUAAAGGGAAAAAUUUAUGCAACGGGUGGCUUCAAUGGUCAAGAGUGUUUGGACAGUGCCGAAUACUAUGAUCCCGGCAACAAUAUCUGGACACGUAUACCGAAUAUGAAUCAUCGUCGCUCGGGCGUAUCUUGUGUAGCCUUUCGUGGACAACUUUAUGUGAUUGGCGGUUUUAAUGGCACAGCGCGUCUCUCUACAGGCGAACGUUAUGAUCCCGACACACAAACCUGGUCGUUCAUACGCGAAAUGAAUCAUUCGCGUAGUAAUUUCGGACUUGAAAUAAUAGAUGAUAUGAUUUUCGCCAUUGGCGGCUUCAAUGGCGUGUCCACAAUUUCACACACCGAAUGCUACGUUGCCGAGACGGACGAGUGGAUGGAAGCUACCGACAUGAAUGUGGUGCGCUCGGCGCUCACGGCCAACAAUGUAGCCGGCUUGCCGAAUAAACGUGAUUACAUACACAAGGAGCGUCAUCGUUUGAUGGAGGAGCGACGUCAACGGCUGCUGGCAAGCGCUAUGGCACGCGAUGCGGAGACCAUCUCUAUGUCGAAUGCCUCAGUGGAGGCGCAGGAUGCCGCUAUGGAUGAUUAUGAUAGUCCGAAUGAGGAUGACGAUGCCGACGAUGAAGAAGAUGCAGCUGGCAUAGUUAUUGCCGCAGCGGCAGCACUUGCACCAGUCAUUGAGGACCGUCACGAAGAUCUGCGUCCCGAUCCGAAUCGUCGCUUUCGCGUACAAUUGCGUUCGCAACGUUUCGGUUCACACCAUGAGAUACGACGACGCGCCUGAAAAGCCAGUUUAACAGGUUAAAAAGAGGGCUACCAAUGCCUGCAAAAUCAAACAAAAUUCUGGUAGCUACUUUAUGAAGUGGAUCAGCUGAUCUUCAAGAAGUGACAGUAAAAUUUAAAAUAUAUAGCAAAAAACAAAUUCUUUGUAAUAUAAAUGAAUAUGAAAGCAUGUCAAAACGGUACUUAACCAAAAACCAAAUACGAGUAUGUGAAGUAUGAAAGCUGAAUCCAUAUGACGAAUCAAGGCAAGAAACGGCACAUGGUUACGUAUAUACUGAUUUAAAAUCGAAAUAAAUUAUUGAGGAAAGGAACUUAUUCAAAUAGAUGACAAAAUUUCAGCGCUUGACAGUAGGGACAGCAACGGAUUGGAUGAUAUCGAAGUUACAAGUGGGUGAAUAAUUAUAGCAGACGAUGAACGAAUGCAUUCGUAUGACCGAACAAAGAGUGUAAGAAUUGCUCACGAGCAAAAACGAUGAUAUUUUUUAAAUACUAUUUUUUACAUCAUUUGGCAUUGAAUGUAAUGUUGACCAAAUUUUUACGCAAUUGUACAAAAUUAUAUUUAGUGAUAUUUAAAAAAAAUCAAAAUUAAUAAAAGUUUGGUAACUUAAACGACUA